UGACAAAAAUAUUUUCCUAAAUUUCCUUUUUAAUUUAAUUUUUUUUGUAUUUAUUUGUUUAGUUGGAGGACAUUACGUCCUUAUGAGUUGGCCAAAUUUCUGAAUUUUUUUAACCAUUUUAUUAAAAUCAUUUUCUUUUAAUAAUUAUUUUAAUUAAUCUUUUCAGAUGGCAGAGAGAAUUACUUUAAGAAAAUUUUUGGGUUACAUAAUUCUUUUUGCGUUUAUAUAUUAUGGCAUAUUUCCAAUGAUUUUUGCACGAUACGUACCACCCCCAAACGCAGAAGGGCAAAAAAUCGAACAUGAGCCUCAACAACAUAAAGAAAAUGAAAAUAAAGUUGAACCAGACUAUCCAGACAGUUUCCAAUUCCCUUACUCCAAAUAUUUGGAACUUGUCGUAAAAAUAUUGGAAUCACAUCCAGUUUUCCAGGAAAAAUUGAAAGGAUUGAGUGAGACAGAUAUUAAGGAAGGAAAAAUUGCUGAUCAUAUGGAUGAUCUCCCUCAAGAUGUUUUUGAUAAAUUAACGGAAGCAAAAGUUGAAGAAAUUGAAAGAGUUCGAGCAGAUUUGGAGAAACAAAUUGAAAAGGAUGGAGACGCGAGAAAUGUUGUUAUGCCUGAACAUUUGGAUGUUAAUGAGUUGAAGAAAUUUGGAAAAGAAGAUUUGAGGAAAUUAAUUAAAAAGACUGUUGCCGAUAUGGAAAAAAUAGAUGAAGAGAGGAAAAAAGAAUUUAAAGAAUAUGAAAUGAAGAAAAAAGCAGAGGAAGACCAUAAAUUAGCCCAAAUGACUCCUGAAGAAAGAAAUAGAGCUGCUAAAGAAAUUGAAGAGACGAAGAAGCAUCAUAAUGAACAUGAAGAAUUAAAACACCCAGGAGGGCGGGAACAACUUGAGGAAGUUUGGGAAGAAAGAGAUCACAUGGACAAAAACAGUUUUGAUCCAAAGACUUUCUUCGCUUUACAUGAUUUGAAUAGUGAUGGUUUUUUGAAUGAAGAAGAAAUUGAGGCAUUAUUCCAAUUAGAAUUGGAGAAGGUUUAUAAUGAAUCUGACCCUGCAGAUGAUCCAAGAGAAAAAAUUGAAGAAAUGAAUCGAAUGAGAGAACACGUUGUUGCACAAAUGGAUAAAAAUGGAGAUAGAUUAAUUUCUUUGGAUGAAUUUCUUCAUGAUACACAAGUUCAAGCUCCUGAAGGCCAAAAGGAUGAAGGUUGGAAAGAUUUGGGCGAUCAGAAAAUUUAUACAGAUGAGGAAUUGGCACGUUUUGAGAAGGAAUAUGCACAAAAACAAGGUUAAAAUUUAAAAUUUGUUUUUUCGACUAUGACAACAUUUGGGGGUAUAAGUAUAACGACACAUUGACCUGUUUCUUGGAAUUAUUUCAAAAAUUGAGUUUCUUAUCAAGACUGGAUGGGUUUUUCUUAAUUUUUGAUUUUUAAAGAUUUAACACUGCACAAAUUAAAAGUUAUCCCAAAGUUUUAUCAAAUUUCUUCAUUUGUCUUUCCAACACCUUUUCUCGUCUUUCAACUAAAUUUUUUAUUCUUAAAGCAGGUUGG